AUGAAUCAGGUUCGAAGUGCAAAUUAUUACUCUGUCAUAUUUGACGAAACGACCUACGUAUCCCACGUGGAACAGCUUUCUCUAAAUUUGAGAUACAUACAAAAUAACAACAUUCGUGAAGACUUUGUUAAGCUCAUUUACGCUUAUGACAACAUAAAAAUAAUUAAUGAAAAUGAAGGGAAAAUAGUAUUAAACUGGUUGAAAGACCUGCACUUGGAUCCGAAGAAAUUUGUAGGAAUCGGUACUGACAGUUACAGCGUAAUGAGCUCUGAAGCAGUCAGUGCAGUAAAAGAAAUAAAAACGGUCCCAAAAGUGCAGUUAGAUGUCUUUGCCUGA